AUGUUGCAAAAAAAAAAAGUCUCAUUCUGGGGAUGCAGAACUCAAAUUGCCUUGGUUAUAAUUCACUCUGUGAAUUUUACCAUUUUGGAAGGUAAGUAUUACUCCAGUGAGGCAGCAGAACCCUACUUCUACUGGGGUAUUGUUGCUACUAUUGCUGGUGGAUUGAUUUGGUUACAGGCGAUGCUUUUCUUCAGAAGACGAUGGUAUGAAAUGUUUUUGUUCAUACACAUAGUUAUGGCUGCCAUUUAUUUUGUGGAUACGUGGAUCCAUAUUGAUGAUCUUGGGACUCUCAAGGAUCAAUUACUUUUGUCGCUUGUAGUUAUAUUACUAUGGUUGAUGAAGUACGUUAUUUCACCAGGCAUAACUUUACUAACCCAAAUCACCAGAGAGCUGAUUUCUAUGAACAACUGCAAGUCUGAGCUUGAUGAUUCUACAUGA